AUGCACGUCGAGCAAUUACGCUCGAAGAAGUUGGAAGCACAAAGUCGUUUGCUGUCGAGAAAGCGCAAGUUAUCUGAACUCUUCUCCAUAACCGCGUAUCCUCUUACUGCCGACGACCCAACCUACAAACAAAAGCUCCAAGCUUUCCAAGAUGCAAACAACCUCGAAAGUGGCCGUCUGUUCGACGAAUCUACCCUGCCAGCUCGACCGCAUAUAACCCUCCAACACCGCAAAACCCAGCAACCUCAACCAUCUAACACGCCUGUACAGAAUUCCGAGACCCAACAACGCGUACAAGCUCCUGCGAAAGCUGAGGCACCCUCGCCUGAACCAACAACCCACGCGACCAGCCCUGCCCUCCAGACAGCACCUUCAGAGGUUCAAGAACGUGUCGAAACAGAAAAACAGCCCAAUGGCCACCCGCCAGAAGCAAUUCAGAAGGAGGAAUUGGGCGUGAAACAGGUCUCUCCGGUGGAUUCAGAAGCAUUUGCGGCCGAAUCGACAGACAUCACGAAAUCUCCGAAUGCUGAACGUCGCUCUAAAUCACCAGAAGGUCAAGGGUCGUCUGCGGGACAAGGAGUUGCGACACUGGCUGGGUUAUCUGCGGACAAACCAGGUUUGACAGCAACAGCGAAGGAGUCCGGACCGCAACUCAGUGCUGAAGGCGGAGAUGAGCCCAAACGACUCACGCCUUCUCUCCCGCCAGUCUCUAUACCGGCUGAACCUCAGUCUUCCCCAUCGUCUACAAAUGGACGAGAUUCGGCAAAUACUCCCCUACCAAUGGCCGCCUCUCCAGCAACCAGUCCUGGGGUUAAUGUGUCUCCUGACAUAUCUCAACCCACCCAGGUGAAUAAGACGGUUGAUCGCACUAUUAGCAGCUCAGAACCGUCAAAGGAUUUGACGAACGGAGUCGUCCAGGACAGCGAAUCUGGAAUGCAGCCUUUGAAUGAUGUCGAAAUGACGGAGACGGCCGCCAUGGACGUUAAAGCUGAUGCUUCCAGACAGUCGGAGCAGUCAGCGGAAGCUUCCAAGACAGCCAUCUCCCAAAAGCCUAACAUCAGCGUUGAGAUCCAGACCGAGAAGGAAACGUCCAUCAAGGUACCCCCCAGCGGACAUUUGGUGGAGAGUCCGGCGCCUAUGACAGCUAAUGUUAGGCACAAGCAUCUCCCUGCAACAUCUCCUUCUGUACAGGAGCCUCCAAAACGUGCGACUAGAAUAUCCUCCGGUGUCUUGCAAAAGAAGUCGGUUUCAGAGAUCCUCGGUGAGACGCCCAAGGCGAUCAACACGCAUGUUGGAUCUCCGUCCUUGACGCCGAAUCAUGAAUCACCUGGCUCUACAACUCCCCAAGGACGUACGGGUGACCGAGAUCGUGAUCGGCGUGACAGAGAACGGAGCAGAUUGUCAACCGUUGUCUUUGCCAAACCUCCGAAACCCGCUGCUGAUGAAGAGACCGUGGAAGUGGCCCGAACCGAGGAUCGUGACUUGCAGCGAACGAGCCCUGGACAGAAAGACUACUUGUACACUCUGUUCGAGAACAAGGCGCAUUCUAUGUCGCGACAGACUUCCAUGUCUUACCUUAUUCAAAAUGCCCACAAAACACUCUCAACCUCGGAUCACCUUAUCGAAUACGAACUGUCAGCCCAAUGCCGGAUACUAAAGCGUCUCUAUCAGCUACAGGAGAAGGGACGCUGGCCACUUCGACAGUAUAAGCGUGCUGAUGAGGCUCCCAGGCCGACCUCUCACUGGGAUUUUUUGCUCGACCAUAUGAAGUGGAUGCGCACUGAUUUUAGAGAGGAGCGUAAGUGGAAGCUUGCUGCCGCCAGCAGCAUGGCAGAAUGGUGUGCAGAAUGGGUUGCCAGCUCUGCUGAAGAUCGCAAACGUCUUCAAGUAAGGGUUAGACCAACAAAACUUCUCCCCAAGCCCGACACAUAUCAGGAUGUGGAAAUGGAGGAUGGACCGGGUCCAAGUCUCUCCUCACAGCCAACGCCAGAGUUGAUGCCUUCCAACGAGGAUGACUCGAUGAGCGAUGAUAUUGCAGACCCUAGAGAUGUACAGAUCUCAAGUGCUCCGGCUGCGAUAUUCUCACUCGGGCCGUCAGACAUCAAUUUUGCUGUCGACAAAACCCCCGCGCUCGAUAAGCUUCUGAACGAAUUACCCCUCUACGAGCCCGCUGCAAUUGUGCCUGAUCUUUCCAAGUCAAACCUGGCGGAACGACUAGAUGCGAAAUGGAAAACUGAUAUUGUCCCUGUCUCGAGAUGGGCCACCGAGAAGUUGCCGGUGAAGGACUACAAGCCUCCUCGCAAACGCAGUAGGUACGAGUAUGAGUUUGAACCUGCCUCCGAGCCGAAAUCCGCACCGCUACCUCCUGAAGAAACAAAUGUGGCUCUGUUUAUGCCUGAGAACAAGCACAUUCGUGACAGGAUACAUCCGGGCCACUCCUUCCGUCCGCCAUCAGAGCAUCCGAUGCCGACGCAGGCUUUCUUUGAAACCAGACAGUCGUCUCAAUGGACGCCUGCCGAAGACGAUGAGCUCAGGAAGCUGGUUAAGGAUUACUCCUAUAACUGGUCCUUGAUCUCCAGCUGUCUCACUCCCCGAAGUUCGUACACAUCGGGAGCUGACCGGAGGACGCCAUGGGAGUGUUUCGAGAGAUGGAUCGGCCUGGAGGGCCUGCCUGCCGACAUGUCUAAGACUGCGUAUUUCAAGACGUACUCGGGCAGAAUCGAAGCUGCUGGCAGACAUGUCGCUGCUCAAAUCGAAGAAGCCCAACGAAGGGCCGGGAACAAUGUGCAAAUCUCGGCGCGUAAGAGAACCACUCAACCAGUCCGAGUCGAGCGAAAGAGGACGCAACGGCAUCUCGCCAUGCUUGAUGCGAUGCGGAAGUUGGCCAAAAAGCGAGAGACGGCUCUUCAGAAACAACAACAUCAAGCCGAUCUUGCUGCAAUGCGCAAGGUCAACGAUGCAAAUGUUCCGAAGCCAGCAUACAAAACCCCCGCGGAGUUUUCCCAGCUCAAACAAGAACGCGAGCAGAAACUGGCCGAACGGCAGGAGAUCUACAGGCAGCAGCUCAUUGCCCACCAGCGUGCUACUGCGCAACAGCAGCGUGGACAGAAUGCCCAACCGUUGCCAAAUGGAAUGCCGCCCGGUGCACCUGCAAUGCGUGGUCCUCCGUCGGCUGGGGGAAUGCCGGGUGUUCCCAACGGAAACCUCCAGCUUCCCAACGGCCAUCCUCGUCAUCCUGGUAUGAUGGCUAUGCAAGGCAACAUGCAAUUACCGCCGGGGAUGGUCCCGCCCAAAGGCCUCACUCCUCAAAUGCAGGCGCAGAUGCAAGCACAACUAGCGGCCCGAGGCGCUGCGACUUCUCCGCAGCAAAUACGCAUGUUGCAAGAGGCAAGCCGAGUUCAACAGGAGCAGCUGAUGCGACAAGCCCAGCAGGCUCAGAAUGGUGCUCAUUCAUCCCCCAACAAUCCUCAUGCUGCCCUCGCAGUUGGUAAAGGCAUGAACAAUGCCGCUUACCUUUCUGCUAUGGCCAAUGCUAACGGCAUCGGGUCACCCUCAGCGCCGGUCCAUGGAAACUCAGCGUCGCCCCGUCCCGCCACCGCGAAUCCCGGUCAAGCCUUAUCAAGUGGACACAUCCCUGUAUUGACUCAAAUAGCCAACAAGAUUCGAGAGCAUCAUCCUAAACUCUCAGAGGAAGAUAUACAACGUCUAGCUUCCCAGCAGAUCACAUCUUACCAACUGCAAGCGACUGCUGCGGCUGCAGGACAGGCUCCGAAACGGCCGCAGCCUCAUAAUCAAGCCGCGCUGAACGCUGCCAUUGGGGCUGUCAAUGCUGGCAAUCAUGCUUCGAAUGCCGCUGCGGCCGCUGCUGCGGCCGCUCAGUUUGGUGGCCAUCCCGGGAUGAUGACAAACGAACAAGUACAACAAUAUAACCAGCGUAUGAGAAUGCAGCAAGCCCAGCAGCAUGCUGUGCGCGGCAUGCCGGGCCAAAUGCAGGCAGGCGUCAUGGGAGUCAUGCCCAAUGGAAUGGCUAAUUCUCCUGUCAUGAACAUGGCCAGACCUGUGAGCCAGCACGCAAAUCAAGGGCAGUUGAGUCGCAGCGCCACACCGAGAGAGCAGAGAAGUGGCAGCCAAAGCCAACCCAACAUGAACGGCGCUGGAGCACCGGCGCAAGGCCAACAGAGCAGUCCUCGACCGGCGCAACAAAGUAUGCAGACGCAGGCGUAG